CAUUUGUAACGAAUGAACCUUGCUUAUUGCUGCCUCUGAGUAUAGUUCGGAUUUUACAUGUUUUAUCUUCCUUUAAUACUUUUUUAUCUUGGACAAGUGGGAAAUGCUUUUGUGCGUUUGAACGAUGUUUUUGUGCAGUAAAAAUAUUUAUGACAUGAUAAAUUAAAACUGUAUCUCUGUGUAUUCUGAUAUAUCGCAUUUAAUUUCAUAAAGAAAAAGUAACCUCUAACUCAUAAAGUACCUCGUCAAAACAAUUUAAAAGAACUGUCAAGAAUGGCAGAUGUGCGUGAUAUCCUAGACAUUGAAGUUCCAACGACUACGGAACUUACAAAAGAAUCGAUAUUAGGUAGUGACAAGAAAAAUCGUAAGAAAUAUGACUACAACAAAGUGCCAAAACGUCCGGAGGGUAUGCACCGUGAGGUAUUCGCGCUACUUUGCAAGGACAAUAACGAUGUUCCGCCGAUGUUUCCGACGGACACUGGGAAAGGAUACAAGCAGGCCCGCGCCAAACUUGGUAUGAAGAAAGUGCGACCAUGGAAGUGGACACCGUUUACUAAUCCCGCACGCACAGACGGUGCUAUAUUUCAUCACUGGCGACGUGUUGCUGACGCUGGAAAGGAAUAUCCCUUUGCAAAGUUCAAUAAAAAAGUACCCAUACCAACAUAUACUAAUGCAGAAUAUGUACAGCAUUUAGUAACCAAUGGUUGGACACGAGCAGAGACGGACCAUUUGUUUGACUUGUGUAAGAGAUUUGAUCUGAGGUUUAUUAUCAUUAAGGAUAGGUGGGACCGUAACAAAUUUCCAGCAAGAUCUGUAGAAGACUUAAAAGAGAGAUAUUACCAAGUAUGUGCUGCAUUAACAAAAGCAAAAUCUCAUACCGACAAAGUAUAUAUGUUUGAUGCGGAGCAUGAGAAACGUAGGAAGGAACAACUCAAAAAGUUAUUUGAACGUACUCCUGAGCAAGUAGAAGAGGAGCAGACAUUACUAGCUGAACUGCGUAAGAUUGAACAAAGGAAAAAAGAAAGAGACAGAAAAACACAAGACUUGCAAAAAUUAAUCACAGCUGCCGAUCACCAAGCAGAUCCCAGGAAGAGUGAGAGGAAAUCUUCCAAAAAGAAUAGCAAUUCUAGGAAUAGGCCAAAUAAGACUGAUACUUCUCAUGCAGUAGAAUCAACUGGGAUUAAAUUCCCUGACUUUAAAAACAGUGGAGUUACUCUUCGUUCUCAGAGAAUCAAAUUGCCAAGCAGUCUUGGCCAAAAGAAAAUGAAAGGCAUUGAACAAAUGCUGAACGAAUUGCGAUUAGAAUUAAAUCCACCACCAACGGAGCAAAUAUGUCAGCAGUUUAACGAACUACGUAGUGACAUAGUUUUGCAUUAUGAGUUGAGAAGCGCAUUGUCAACGUGCGAUUAUGAAUUACAAUCUUUGAGGCAUCAGUAUGAAGCCCUAGCACCGGGAAAGACUUUAACCAUACCACCGGCACUUCUACCGAAAACGGAGCCAGAAGUCAAAGCAGACAUCAUCGAUGUAGUAGGAUCACCCAGUAUGCCCAGUAUUACUCAUUAAUUAAGAAAAGAAAAAGAACAUGAAAAGAUAACAGGUGAUCGAAUCUAUAUAUCUUGUAAAUAUUGUUUCUUUAGCGCGCCAACGAUUUUCUCGUAUGAAAAGCCAAUAAGCAUACAUUUCGUCAUUAUACUGUAUUAUAUUAUAAUUCUUACUUUGUGUAUUAUAAAGAAAUAAACAGCUUGAUGAAAUGUACAUUUACGAGUCGAAGUUGUUGUCGACGAUUGACGCGGCGAGGUGAUGAAAUGACAAUAAAAGAGAACACGUGGCAUUUACUUAUAUAUCUGUGUAUUUUAUAUUGUCGACAAAAAGUAACAAUGUACGGUCAAACCGUAUAAUUUAUCUACAACAAUCUACAAUAGAUUACAAUAUGU